AAACGCCCUAAAAACAUAGAACCCCACCAUACAUAGUCCCUUCCUCACUGACUACCUGACUUGACCCCGCCUUCUAGUGUAGAAAUUACCUAAGAAGUGAAACGCGUUCUCGAAUUUCAUACGCGCCUUUCGACCUUUAGUACCUCGGCCUCAUCUUACUUCACUUACACGGCUAUUCAUCUCACUUAGGCCGUCAUAUCGGUAUACGAACUUGUCGACAAUGUAUGGCGAUCUAGGAAACAAACUCGUUCAACAUGCAAAGAGAACUCAAAAUCUGUCACACUUACCACCAUAUCAGACUGAGCUAGUUCGUGCAGUCACACGAGAGGUUCGCGACUUGGACAAAGAUGUGGCAGAUAUGCUAGAACCGUUCCAGGGGUCCUUCAACCCAGCCGACGACCCGGCUACGGCAUGUACCCUACUUAUAAACCAUUUAUCCAUGCGGCGGAAUAAGCGUUGUCUGCUAGCUUAUCACCGAACGCGGGCAGACAGACUCGAAGAGCUUGUCUGGAAGGGCUACGACGUAGUUGAUCUUGCCGGACAGCAAGUUAGGGACGGCCAAGGCGGACUCAACGGCCCAUCGGGUAUGGCAACUAGCAAUAGUGGCACGAGUAGCUUAAGUCCGCAGGAGGAAGAUUACGUGCGACAGUACAGCGAUCUGCUAGCUGCUUAUAAAGGCCAAUGGACAGAUAUCGAUCUCACAGGAAGUCUCGAACCUCCUCGCGACCUCUUCAUUGACGUACGGGUGCUAAAAGAUGCGGGUGAAAUCCAAACCGAAUACGGCGCGAUCACACUUACUAAAAACAGUCAAUUUUACGUUAGGCAGGGUGAUGUAGAACGUCUGAUCGCCCAAGGCUAUCUCCAAAAGCUCAGUUGACCAGACCUAGGUUAGAGUGCAGUCAAUCCUGUUUAAUGUAUUCUGGAGAAGAAUCACGCCUCGUCUCAGUCAUCAGACGAACUAGGGCAGAACUAUGUUCUGUCUGAGGCACUCCCACAUGCGGUUAGGCCCCAAAAAAAAGCAAAGAGCUCCCAUCGCGGCGGCAUAAGGUUGAUUCCCCGGAAGCUUGUUUGCCUGUUGGAAGGGCUGGCAACAUAUAUGCACAGAUGGUAUCUUCCUAAUUAAGUCGUGGCAAACCAGAUUUGCAAUUCUGACGGAAUAAAUCGCAAAAAGAGGCGCGCAUGACGACCGAAUGCAAGUGGUACA